AUGCCGUCCCACAGAUUGACAUACAGGCGCCGCAACCCAUACAACACAAAGUCCAACAAGGUCCGGAUUGUUAAGACUCCCGGCGGCGAGCUUCGAUAUCUUCACAUCAAGAAGGCUGGUACUGCGCCAAAAUGCGGAGACUGCGGAAUUAAACUGCCAGGAAUCCCGGCCCUCAGACCCCGCGAAUACGCCCAGAUUUCCCGACCAAAGAAGACUGUUCAGCGAGCCUAUGGUGGAUCAAGAUGCGCCAACUGCGUGCGGGACCGUAUCGUUCGGGCUUUCUUGAUUGAGGAGCAGAAGAUCGUCAAGAAGGUGCUCAAGGAAUCGCAGCAGAAGAAGUGA